UGCGGCCCGUGGAUGCAUCGCGCGCGCGUCUUCCAGCAAAAAGCGUAUAGCUAUGCUGAGCUGUGUAUAGCUGCGUAUAGCUAAGCUAAGCUACCCACGCUACGAAUCUGCCAAAAGCUCCCCCAGAGCUCUUCGUAUGCACCGAGCUUAGGGUGGCUUGCCCAACUACGGAGCAAUGGCUUCGUCUUCGCCAACAGAGUCCAGCUAUUUUCCCUCGCUGGGAAAAUGUUUGAAUGGAGACGAGAUCUUGAUGUGCACUUCUUCCCUCCCCCCCAAAAGCUUCUAUAGUUCAUAUAGGCUAACCUGACUCUAGCUCAUGGAAAACCGUCUUUACAAUCAUUCAUCAUCACAUCGAGGGAACUGUAGAGAAAGAGCCCGCGAUCGAACGAUUCCUCUCGGAUACCACCGUUCGCCAGCUGUUGUCGCACCCGUUCGAUGAUUCCAAGGCUACUCCUCAAUCCAAAUCCCUCUUUGAGACGAAAACCUCUGCUAUCAAUGUCACCCCAUCCUCCGACGCGCGAUUCGACAUCAACCAGGUCAAGGCAGAUGCAGGAUGGCUGAGCAGCGCGGGCGGCGUCGACGAAGUAUCAGCCUUACGCAUUGUGGUUCAAGAAUGCCAGGCUCGCGCGUCCGCAAAACUAUUGGGUCCAUUCUCCGAAGAAGAACUUACCAGCAUCCGGGAAUCUGCAGGCGACAGUAAAUUUUCGAGUCCAGUUACUGCGACUCUGCUAUCUCGAGGGGUCGACCCCGUGGAAAUCCAGGCGCAAUUCGACACCGAGGACAACCGACGUCAGCGCAUACUCUCAAUAUAUCUGUCCGAGAGAAGGUACUUCUUGAAAUGUCUGGAACGUCUCCUGUAUGCCGUAUCCAAGAAAAAUGCUCACGAUGAGGGGGAGGCUGGAAAAGGAAAACAGGCCGCUGUAGCACACACUUGGCUGGAAGCAUGUGGAAGAGAUAUCCUGGCGGCUAUGGGCCCAACUGAAGCAUUCUUCUUGCUAUGUCUGAAUUCUAUCGAAAAAAACGUCCGGAAUAUUGGUGCCGGGAGCGGUUGGUAUGAUGGAGCUCGACCAGAAAUAGAGGCCGAUUGGGUUCGGACACAGUUGACCGAGGCGACACAUACUCUGGAGAUUCUAGCCCAGAUGAUAUUCUCUGAUGCUCAAUUUCCAACAUCACAACUGACCCUCGGUUGGUUUCGACUGCUACAGUCAUGCGAAUUCUUCAACUCAUUCUCCACGGUAUGUCCAGACAAGCAAGUGAUUGGUUUCAUUCCUCCAAUAUUGGUCGUCCAACCAAUCUGACGGAAAAGUCGGAGAUGGUGUGAUGAGGUACCUGCUAAUUCAGCCUAGGAACAAUCUUCUCUGCAGACGUUGGUCUUGCCUCUGCAGAGUCUUACAAUGGUAAUUUCGCUAUUGGUUCUGAGUGUAGGAAGUACUUUGCAGUAUCUUCUUAAGCCUGACCAAAAUGCAGUUGUAUCCGCAACGCGUGACCCAAGUGGCCCCUUUAUUCUCGAUAUCAAUGCCCUUUCAGAACUCCAUCAAAUAAUGAUGAAUGCUGCGGAUCAGGGCUAUACCACAGCAGGCCCCCCUAUCCUGGCGUGGGUGUCGAUUCUGAAGGCCAUCGGCGACGACGAUCCCGAACCUCAAGGAGACGGAGAAACCCUCUCUGCCCCUAAUCCUUAUGCAGACCUGGCGAAAACGGUUGAAGAAAGCAUGGAAGGCGAUGACCCCAUUGAUUAUCUAGCUCGGCGAUGUGUCAACCAGAGCCGGGUCCUUGAAACUCUUUCUGGCCUCUCGCUUCGACUCGGGAGUACACCAGACGCAUUCUUUUCCACGGAUUCUGGUGCAAUCAUGCGCAAUGUCGUCCUGGACCUCAUUGGAAGCAGUAACAGUGGUCUUGGCUAUAUACCCGAAGCCAUGGAAGCUCUUCUUUCUACGCUGCGUGGAGGACAGAAUUACUGGGAUCUUGUGGACUCAAAACAAAGCGUAGAAGCCUUCGACCCCAUAGCGACUUUCAUAAGCAAUGAUGUUUUGAUUGAUGCAUUCUUCAAAACCGCCAUGUCUAGAUAUCCAUGCGAACCUUUACCAUUCUUACAAUUAAUUCAUGCCGUUGCUUCCUGUGGCUCGACGUACCAAGGGGAUAAUAUGAAAUCUGCUGUCGAUUGGCUGAACAUCAUCCCCUACUUUACAUAUCGUUUGCCGGAGAAUUUUGUCGGUUACGAAACUGCUCAAGAGGAGGACAACAAUAACACGAUACGUCUCAGAACGGCUGUUCAUCUAUUUCAAGGUCGAUCAAAAUUCUCCCAUCAAAGGGUGCAAUCGGAGUCCAUGGCUCUCACAUUAGCGGACUCAGAUUUCUGUAUCCCUGCAGGUACCUUUGGGCGUGUUAUUUCCGACUCGGGACCAAGAGUGGUGUUUUGGUAUCAUCAGUAUUCGGGACUUAAAUAUCUCGGAAAGUUGUUGGAAACUUUCUUGACAGCAAGCGACUUGGUGGAUGCUACCACUGGGUCACCGGUGGAUCGAGACUCGGUUGUCGAGAUUAUCGAAAUACUCGCCACUAUACUUCAUAAUACUUUGAAAUCAGGCGCCUCAAAUACUGAUGCCAAGGAGGAUGCACAAAAUCUCUUGGAGCUUGCGAGCUCAGGGUUGAAUCGAAACCGGGAUAUUAUCACUGUGGUUUUCGACAUAUUCGAAGAAGAAUUGCAGAGACAAUCCACCGUCUCUGGAUCCGAAGUGCCAUUAGGUAUACUCGUCAGCUGUGUUCAUUUCAUACACUCGUUGCUCCCAUUCACUCCCGGUCGAGUAUGGCCACUUCUAGCGCGAAGUGGACUUUUGGGGGUCAGCCGGGGUGAUGGGCGAUUAUCAACGAUUGUUGAGGGUGUGGAACUGGUCUCAGGCCGAUAUGAAUUUCUUCUAUCAUGCAUCCGCCUGUAUGCGGCUCUGGUGGAUGAUAUUGCGUGUAACGCCAUUAGAAGAAGAAGUGGUCCCCAAUCCUCGGGCCGAUUUCAAAGUCAAGAAGACGUGGGAACUGGCAUUCCCGACCACCUUUUAUCCAAAGUUCUCCUUUUCUUCACCAGAUACUUGAUCGACGUGCUAGAGAGUUCUUUUGGUUGGAAGUUUAUCACUCAAAACGAUCGCCGCCGAUUGUCCAAAGUGAUCGCGACGAAUUUCGACAAUAUAUUACGCUAUGUCUAUGGCAUUGAAGGUUCAUCGAAAGACACCCAGGAAGAAGAAAAAACUGGAAAGUCAGGGUCGCUCGAACUUCAACUUUCUUCCAGAAUGACCCCCCAGAAGACCUCUCUCUCUGAAACUACUGGUGAGCUUGCUUCAAAGAUCACUGGCGUUCUGAUCCCUUCGGCGUCUCAAAUCGUGGAUAGUUUUUUGGCAACCUCAUCGAGUUCACUGAGGUUCCAACCAAUACUGGUAUCCUUCUUGGAUGCCCUUGAAACACCCGAUCUGGCAAACUUUUCCAACGAGCUCAAACUAUGGACAUCGCAAGGCACCGCGGUGUUGUCAUUCUCCACGACUUUGCUACGUGUGAGCAAUAUGAUUCAAAAACCUCCCACAGAAUUUGAGCAUCAGAUGUUCAAGGCUGCUCCUCUGAUAGCGAGGCUUCAUGCUGUGAGCGAUUCAUACAAGAGACACGUAGUGUCUCUAUUUGAGGCAUUGGUAGUCACCGCAAACAACGUAUCAGAGCCACCCUCGUUGUUGGGACAUUUGGGGCCACAUACAGCCAAAAACUUCCUUCAUAUUCUCUCAGAUUUGGACAAGCCUUUGGUCAGAAACGAAAUUACUGUAUCAAUAUGGCAUUUUCUUUCCAUGGUUGUCAGCAAUAAACAGCAAUGGUUUGCCAACUACUUGCUCACGGGAAAAACACCCAGAGAGUCGGUUGCCAAAGAUCAAGCAGGGAAGCAGCCCUCUGCAUUGGACAAGCCACUACUUACCACGGCACUUGAGAAUCUUAUCAAGAUUGACACUCUUCCUCAGUUUGAAGCAUUAGCCAUGCUAGAAUUUGUAUCUCUUUCCCAAAACUUCUGGCCCUGGACAGUCUAUGGUUCGUCUAAACAUGGCGAAUUCAUCACGGCUAUCUCGGAAUACGUUGGGACAUUGACGCCAAUACAAACACACCCGAAUCUGGCACAAUCAAUUGAUGCAUUCUAUCAGACCAAGAUUGCGGCCUAUGUUGCGGAAAUAUUAGCCAUGCAUCUGUUCCACUCGCGGCAGACCGGAUCUACUCCUUCCAUAACAAACCUCAUUGCGAACCUAUCCUAUUACAUACGAUUUGGUACCGCGGUACCCUCUUUCAACUCAUCCCUACAUACUCAAUUGGCACAAAUCUUUGCCACCAGGCAUCCUAAUUGUACCAUACACGACCUCAAGAGAACCACCCUAGAAGAGCGGCAGCUUGGAAAAGAUUAUUUCUAUGAUUUGUCACUAGCAGAAAAAAUGCUACAAUUUCAUCCAGGAUGGAGCAGAACCACCAAUGACGGCCUUCGUAUGGAGUUUGAAACAGCGAACGUCAACUUGUCACUUGUUGAUGCGCAAAUAGUAAGUUGUGACUGUAACCACAUAAUAUCAAUCGUGCUAAUCCGAAUAGGCUCUAUUUCAUGGGUGGAAAGUGCUUGCUCUCGAGCUGACAAGUAAUCUCGCUUCAAAUACAGAGUUACAAGAGGCAUUGAUCAAAGUUUCUCUUGAUUCCUUAACCUCCAACUGCAGAAGCCAGCGAUCGGAAGAAAUUUUCACCAGGCUAUGCUAUCAACGCGCGGACUUUGCACUCAUUCUCACGCAGCGUUUGACAGAGGCCAAGUGUGCUCUGCCACAAAUCAACAACCUUCUCGAGAAGACAUGGCAUACAAUCCGAAAUUUCCGAGGAACCUUCGAACAGUCAAUACGUCAAGAAGAUGCCCCAUAUUAUCGAUCACUUUUGAAGCUUUUGUUCGUGGCCGCUCGGGCGCAUGCAGCCAGCCCAGGUACGAUUCCGAGCGAGAGCGAAGACUUUAGCGUUUCUGUACGCAUGAAAGACUCCAUGCCAGUCGUUUCGGUUGUUCUUGACAUUAUCAAAUACGUGGUCGCAAUUGGACUUCGAGAAUUCGUUGCUGCCAUUCAUGACGAGGAAAGCGAUCCGCUACCAGAAGAUAUCGCCCUGAUCACUGGCAUCCUUCAAUCAUGUCUACGAAUACCAGGUAUUGACUUUGCACAAACAAAGAUCGUAUCAAUAUUGAGAGAUAAUGGCACAGCUCGAGUUGCAACAACUCUGUUCUCCUGGUCCGACAGUAUUGCCAUUGAUGGAGACCCUAUCUACGGAGAACUAAGCAUGCUCUUCCUCCUAGAACUCUCUACCCUUCCUCUCAUGGCGGAGCAACUAGCCAUGAACGGCAUCCUGGGCCAACUGGCCUCUGCCAACAUCUCCACGUACCUCCGCAGCGGCAAAGUCUCGCCCUUCGCCGACGGCCCCGGUCUCCAAAGAUGCUACUCUAUCUGGGCGCGAGGCAUCCUCCCAUUCCUCCUCAACCUCCUCGACGCGGUACAGGUCUCCAUCGCCACGGAAGUAGCCCUGUUUCUCAACCAAUUUACUCCCCUCCUCGCACAAUGCUCCGAGGCUUUCGAAGCACCCGAGUCCUCACGUACCUCUGUCAAAGGACCACCGAAAUACAUCUGUCUCUCUAUGUGUUCGGAAGCUCACUCUCUCGCACUUAUCAAUUAUAUCCUGGAGGGCUUCCGGGGUGUGGAUGUACCGGCUCUGAACUGGGAUGCGGAGGGCAUGGCGGGGAAUGUGGAGUGGUGGCUUGGUGCGAAGAUGGUGCUGAGGGAACGGAUUGUGCCGAUGGGGAGGAGGGAUGAGGAGUUGAGGGGGAGGAAGGUUGAGGUGACUGGUCUGGGUGUGGGUGGGGCGGGGGAAAGCAGGCUUGAGCAGAAGGUGCUGGUGGAGUUGAUGGGGAUUCGGGAUGUGCUUGGGNGGUGA